AUGUGUCAAGUAUCCGGCCACGCACCGAUAGCAUUCGUCCACGCGCCGACCACGCUCCGACCUUCGUCGCCGCCCCCCCUUUCCUUUUUCUUCUCACUCAGCUGUUGUGACAAAACAAAGGCUGCUUUCAACGUCAUGUUUCAAUGUACCCUAUGCGAUAAGGCCUAUCAGAGGAAGACUCAUUUAAUUCGUCAUCAAGUGACUCAUACACAGCAGCUCUCGUCCAGCUGCCCUUUGUGCAGAAAAGCAUUUCUAAAGCCGUGUGUAAUUGAGGUCACACGAAGACAUAUCAAAACCUGCGCAAAAAAGUUCAACCAACCUGCACCUCCUGCAGCCAAGCCAGGCAGGAAAAGGCAUUCUUGUGAGCUCUGCUUCUUUGCCAAGGCAUCUUGUGACCGGAAUCGACCAUGCUCUCGCUGUCGCUCCCUUGGACGACAAUGCACCUUCGUGGCCCAAGAGAUACCGUCCCGGGAUCCCAGUUGCUCUGCAGUAGCCUCACUCUCGCCUUCUAUAGUCACAUCCCGAGUCAGCUCGAGAGACAGUGGAUCAUUUUCUUUUCUCCGACAUUUUGCCAAUCCAUCUUUCCAGGAGGACAGGCUGGCGAUCGGGGAGACUGCAAAGUGUUCUGUUCGAAGAAAUCUUGAGACACUCAAUUCCCAUAUCGAAGAUGCCCUCGUUCCCACUGAUCCCAUAUCCGCUUUAGAUGAAGAUUUUCAACUUACAAGUUUCCCUUUCCAAGUACCCUCGACUCUGCCCUUUUUUACAGAUGAUUUACUUCAGUGCUCCCCUGGUACGCUCUUCCCUUCGAAGCUUUCCAACCAAUUAUCCGAGAUUAUGACGGAGUUGGUCGAGACUUCAAAGUCAAUGGGCCUCGGAGGCACAGGAAUGCUAAGCCCGCUUGAUUUUAUGGAACUUUCUACUCUUUUAGGAGUUUCCAAUAUCUCUGCUUCUAUCUCUGCGUUCUUCCACUCUCUUCACUGGCAUCUACCGGUGGUGCAUUUUCCAACCUUCGACCCAGGAAACAUCUCCAAUUCUCUUUUACUCUCAAUAUUUUUAUCCGGUGCCACAUACACUAUUCCAUUGGAUGGAGGGACCCUCCCCUCCGGUCUCUUGGACGUCGCAGAAGAGUAUAUAUUUCGAAAAAUUGUGGAUCUAUCACCACUCGCUUUGCCGAAAGACCAAUCGCAUCUACUAUCAAGUGUACAGCUAAUACAGAGUGCUCUUAUUAUCGAGAUGCUUCAAUUUGGACAAGAUAAUAUGCAAACAAGGCGUCGCAUUCGCAUAGUUCGACAUCCGUGUUUGGUAUCCACCAUACGAUCCCUAGGCAUUUUUCAGCUCAAGCGAGGAAGUGCUCCCACCGUUUGUGAAGAUAGAACUUGGAGAAAUUUAGUAGCAGAGGAAGUGUGCAUACGAAUCGCUUGUUGGGUCUUUCUAGCCGAUGGAUUCCUCACAGUCUGCUUCAAAAACCACCCAUCUAUAUCGGUUUUUGAGAUGGACUGUGAUUUCCCCUGGAGUGCCAAGUUAUGGGAAGCCGAAAGUGCAUCUUCUUUCAGCAGGAUUGCCAUGUCGUACUCAACGGAGCUCCCACUUCCGCCCCUGAAAGACGUGGUCACACAAUUACUUGAAACUCCUCUAGGUAAUGACCCAAUACCAUGGGGUCUUUCGGUAUCAGUGGAGCAUCUCCUGAUUCUGAUUUAUGGUAUGUUGACGACCGAACUCAGGAAGUCGAUUGAAUUGCUAAAAGAAAUACCCACAACAGCAAUUAACUCCCUCGCCUUCCAGGCAAGAUCGGGCUUGUUAAGAUAUUUAUCGCUCGAUAGAAUACGCUGUGCGUCUGGGAAUUGGAGGCGGAUCUGGGAUUCUGUCAUUGGUCUCCUAGACAAGGAUCAAUUGCUUCAUCUUGGGUAUCCGAAACAUGCUCAGGAGCUGUGGUGGUUGUUGAAUGCGACGGUGGAUGCUACUGGCAGACCUGAUGUCAGCCUUCGGUAUAUGGAUAACACUGCUACUGAUGACUUGGGGAAUUUGAAUGAAUUCAUUCAAUGGUGUCACCAAGUUCCGCCAUAG